UCUUUUUGUUUGUUGAAAGAUUUGAAGAAAUGGUGGCAAUGGCAGCUCUUCAGAACUCAUUUUUGGGCCAACCCUUUUCUCCUCUUCCUCUCUGCUCACCUCUGGUCAAAUCAACACAAACUCCAGGAUCCAUUGUAGCCAAGCUCAAGCGAUGGGAACGGAAAAAGUGUAAGCCAAACAGCCUUCCUGUGCUACACAAAAUGCACGUGAAACUCGGAGAUACAGUAAAAGUCAUAUCUGGCCACGACAAAGGUAAGGUUGGAGAGAUCACUGAGAUUAUCAAGCACAAUAGCAAAGUUGUCAUAAGAGAGAUAAACUUGAAAACCAAGCAUGUGAAGAGUAGGAGUGAGGAUGAACCUGGCCAAAUAGUCAAGAUUGAAGCUCCUAUUCACAGCUCGAACGUGAUGCUUUACUUGAAAGACCAGAAGGUAGCCAGUCGGGUGGGUCAUAAGGCACUCGACAAUGGUAAAAGGGUCAGGUACCUCAUAAAAACGGGGGAAAUUAUCGAUAGUGCAGAGAACUGGAAGAAAGCUGUCAAAGAGAAGGAGAAAACAACAGAAGCAGUUGCUGUUGCUACUUAGAAGGCUAGCUUGUGAAUUCUAGUUAUUGUAUUUUCUUUAACUCUCCAUUAAUUUGAUAACAAUUUUGUAUUUGUACCUAUUAUACAAGUUCCAUACCUUUAUGAAAAAAACCAUUUUUCUUGA